AUGAAGUGCCUGAUCCGCUUGCACAUUCUUGUAAUAGCGGUGAGUCAAAUCCAUCCUCCAGCCCUCACUGAGGCCUCCAAGGCAGGGCUCAGUGCAUCCAGCGCCGCCACGACUGCUGCGCCGGUGUCGCUGAGAUCGCAAAUGCGGACCGGCAGCGACGAGUCUGGAAAGGCUGCCGAGCGAGACCGGCUUUGGAAAGAAGCCCAGGCCUUGAGGAAUAAGAAAGUUCAGCUGGCCAUCAUGAAGAGCAAGGGCGCGUGGGCCGCUGUCUAUGGGAAAAGCUCAGCGAGAAGCUUCCAAACAAGCCUGGCGCAAAGCGCCGUGCUAAUCCGGUUCCUGAGGGGGACGCAGCAGAAGCAGCAAGCGACUGAGUCCUAG